CAUACCUAUGCGUUUCUAUUUCCCACCACCAAAAAUACGGACGUCCUUUCGUUUCUUCUCUUUCACACUUUCUCAGGUUCUCCCACUCCCACUCCCACUGCCUCUCCCUCUCCCACACUCUCAUUCUUCGCUCUUCUAUGUUUAUCAACGCCCGGAAACCCUUCCCCGGUCCUUCGCCUGACUCCGGCGAGAAGUGGCUCAAGUAUUACUCCUCUUACCAUGAAAUACUCUUAGUCGACGAGGGAGAUUUCUCUUUCUCUCUCUCAUUGGCUAUGUCUUUUGGCUCUGCUUCCAAUAUCCUCGCCACUUCUCUCGACUCCUAUCACGACGUGGUGAUGAGGUACAAGAAUGCCAGGUUAAAUUUGACGAUUCUGAAUGGUUUGGGUGCAUCUGUUUUACAUGGAGUCGAUGCGGCUAAGAUGAAGUAUCAUAUGGACUUGCAUAUGCGGAAAUUUGAUCGGAUCAUCUUCAAUUUUCCCCACGCUGGUUUCUUUGGAAGAGAGGAUAAUCCCUUAAUGUUUCGGAUGCAUAAGAAACUUGUACAUGAUUUCUUCAAGAAUGCAAGCCAAAUGCUUCGAGUUAAUGGCGAAAUCCAUGUGAAUCACAAAACAAAACCCCCAUUCUCGGAUUGGAAUAUUGUUCAACUCGCCUAUCAAAACUCCCUGACAUUGAUUGGUUGUGCUGAUUUCAAUAUACAGGAUUACCCUGGAUAUCACAACAAGAGAGGGCAGGGCAAUAGAUGUGAUUGCCCUUUCUUUUUGGGUGAGUGCUCUACUUUCAAAUUUAGUAUCAACCAUUCAGCUAAAAGGACACCAAGAUUAUUGCACAUCAAUAAUACCUUAGAUAUCCAAAGAAACCUACCAUGUCCAGAGAUCCCAAUCUCAAAUCACUCCCACCUUCGAUAUCCGACUUCAUUUGAAUCAAGUUAUUGCCACAGUCACAUAUCAAUGCAGGAUCAUCAACCCUGGUUGGAACCCGAAUAUUCUCGUGUACCUCAGUCCGUCAAUGCACAUAAUAGAUUCAUGACAGGAAUGCUCGAGAGUAUGUCGAACAAGAAUGUCUAUUGGUCGAGCAAUUUGAGGUCUAAUUUUGGUGAGGAAACUGUGAGAUCAGAUGCGAGGACCAUUCGACGAUCAUUCCAGUAUCUGUAAUAUAGUAAGUACUCUCUCUGCUUUUCUGGAUGUACGGUCACAUGUAGUCUUUGAUUUGAUGGGCACAGUAUGAGUUGGGGAGAAUAUGAAGCCUUCUCUCAGCUUGUUUUGUUUGCUUUUUUGAGUGCACUUCUUUUGAGAACAUGUUGGUAAUGAGACAUAAGUGAACUAAAUUAUAUGUAAUUAAGAUCUACUAGUUUGGUCACUAAACUUUCAAGUUUGUGACUAAAUUGUCCUACAACUAUAAAAAAAAAAAUUAAUAUAUGAUGGGUGAAUUUUUAUUGUCA